AUGCCGAUGACAGGCCCUCUCCAUGGCGCUGCCUUGGAAACUCUGGACACGUUCCGAUCCAAUGGGUUGUACCUCGGGCUGCGCCGAGGAGUCAUGCUGGGAUCGACCUUUCUACGGGACACCGAGGCGAAGAACAGGCGGAUAUUGAGCGUGGCCACCAUUGAAGAGGAAAAAGAGUGCAGAAACGGAAUUUGGAUUCGGGUUCUGCGCGAAGCAAAGUACGUGGAUCGGAAGGCAGGCACUUUGCAAAGGGACUCUGAAACAACGGCUGUUGACAACAGGCCACCUUACCGUGCCAUGCAGUUAGUACACCACUUGAAAUUGAAGUACGCAGAUAAUGCUGAAGGAACUGGAGCCACUGUGGUGUCGGAGGGAUCGGUUUCCUGGAGAGCGAUCUUGGGAAUUUUUGUCAGCGAACUGUCGUCAAUUGCGAUAGCCAUCACAGCAGCCGUGGCGAAGCCCUUCAAAACCUGGUGGCUGGCUGUGUACCUAUGUGUUCCGUUGCUUCUCAAAUUGAUCUCGCUUCUCGUGAGCGUUCGACGGACUACUAUCCACCAGGAGAAGAUUCCUGCUGCAAGCUCUUCAGCUCCUAAGGACGACUUAUAUGAGAUCUUGGAUGGCAACCACAGCUUCGGGUUGAUUGAAAGUCCAGAGAUCACACUCAGGCAGUUCUUUCGGCACUACGGCCAUCCCAUAAGAGAUAGCGGCGUCGCCGGCCGACGCGACCGCGCACGGGAAGUUCACUCAAUGGCACUUGUCUAUCUUUUUGUCCUUUACUUCCCGGCAGGCCUCAUCAGUUCUCUGUGGAUGCCCUCGAAUGUCCAACUUUUAUGGUUGAGCUUCCAAGUCUACAUGAUAUUAGUCAUGCAUAUUGUCCGCAUUUGUGGGUGGGAGCAUUGUGGUCAAACUGAAGGAAGGAUUGCUCGGCUACUGCAGGGAAAUAGAAAAGUCUUCCUGCAGGCAAAGAAACCAGCCAAGUAUGGAGUCAUAGUUACUUUUGGAGACUAUCGACCAUCCCAAUGUUGCAGAAGCGAAGAAAGAAGUGAAGAGAAUUAUCGAUGA